CUCGGGUCGGGAGGGACGGAUUCGCGCUCCUCGUCUGCUGAAGUUGUAACCCCGGGAACUGGGGCCGCGCCGUGCGCUGGAGAGACCCGGGGACGCCCGUGUGGGGGCGGAGGCCGCGCUCGCGGUGGCUGCGCCUGCUCAUGGAGGACUGCGAUGUGCACUCGGCUGCCAGCAUUCUGGCCUCAGUGAAGGAGCAGGAGGCCCGCUUCGAGCGGCUUACACGGGCACUGGAGCAAGAGAGGCGUCAUGUUGCCCUGCAGCUGGAGUGUGCCCAGCAACCUGUUGUGGGCAGUAGUGGCAUGGUGGGCAACGGGCAGCCUGUGCCGAUGGCCUGGCAACAGCUAGUUCUGCAGGAACAGAGCCCAGGCAGCCAGGCGUCGCUGGCUACGAUGCCUGAGGCCCCCGAGGUGCUAGAGGAGACAGUGACGGUGGAGGAAGACCCCGGCACACCUACCUCCCACAUAUCCAUCAUCACGUCUGAAGACGGCACAACCCGACGCACUGAGACUAAGGUCACCAAGACGGUCAAGACAGUGACCACGAGGACAGUACGCCAGGUGCCUUUGGGGCCAGAUGGACUCCCCCUACUGGAUGGUGGUUCCCCACUUGGCCCUUUUGCUGAUGGCCCCCUAGACCGGCAUUUCCUGCGUGGUGGGGGCCCAGCAGCCACACUCUCCCGGGCCUACCUCAGCAGCAGGAGUGGCUUUCCUGAGGGUCCUGAGCCUCGUGAUGGCCCCAACUAUGGCAGCCUGUCCCGAGGACUUGGGGGGCGGCCCCCACAUGCUGGUCCCUUGAGCAUGGGACUUGGUGAUGGCUGUUUUACAUUGCCAGGCCGUCGGGAAGCUUUCCCCAUGGGCCCUGAGCCUGGACCAACAAGUGGCCGUUCCUUGCCUGAGCGCUUUCAGGCAGAGCCCUAUGGCCUGGAGGAUGACACUCGAAGUCUGGCUGCUGAUGAUGAGGGUGCCCCUGACCUGGAGCCUGAAUAUGGCACAGUAGCACGAAGGAGACCUGAAUGUGGACGGGGCCUUCGUGCCAGGGCCUAUGAGGACACAGCAAAUGACUCUGGAGAACUGAUGGAGGAGCGGCCUCCAUUCCCAGCAGCAACAGCCCCCCUGGCCCAGCCAGAGCAGGGCAGCCUGGGCAGUUUGGACCGGGUGGUACGGCGCUCGCCCUCAGUGGACAGUGCCCGCAAGGAGCCACGCUGGCGGGAUCCUGAGCUGCCUGAGGUUCUGGCCAUGCUGCGACACCCUGUGGACCCUGUGAAGGCCAACGCAGCUGCCUACCUGCAACACCUGUGUUUUGAAAAUGAAGGUAUCAAGCGACGUGUGCGGCAACUGCGUGGACUCCCCCUGCUUGUGGCAUUGCUGGACCACCCUCGGGCUGAGGUGCGGCGCAGGGCCUGUGGGGCGCUGCGCAACCUCUCCUAUGGUCGUGACACUGACAACAAGGCUGCCAUUCGGGACUGUGGCGGCGUGCCUGCACUAGUGCGCCUGCUACGGGCUGCCCGUGACAACGAGGUCCGUGAGCUGGUAACUGGCACACUCUGGAAUUUGUCAUCUUAUGAGCCCCUGAAGAUGGUCAUCAUUGACCACGGCCUGCAAACGCUGACCCAUGAAGUCAUUGUGCCCCACUCCGGCUGGGAGCGUGAGCCCAAUGAAGACUCAAAGCCCCGGGAUGCUGAGUGGACAACUGUCUUCAAGAACACAUCAGGCUGCCUCAGGAAUGUGAGCUCAGAUGGUGUGGAAGCCCGAAGACGGCUCCGUGAGUGUGAUGGGCUGGUAGACGCACUCCUGCAUGCUCUUCAGUCAGCUGUGGGUAGAAAGGACACAGACAAUAAGUCAGUGGAGAACUGUGUGUGCAUCAUGAGAAACCUGUCCUACCAUGUGCACAAGGAGGUUCCAGGGGCUGACAGGUACCAGGAGGCUGAGCCUGGGCCACCCGGCAGUGCUGCAGGCUCCCAGCGUCGGAAGAGGGAUGAUGCCAGCUGCUUUGGUGGCAAGAAGGCCAAAGAGGAGUGGUUCCAUCAAGGGAAGAAGGGUGGAGAGAUGGACCAGAACUUUGACACACUGGACCUGCCCAAGCGGACUGGUGCUGCCGAAGGCUUUGAGCUGUUGUACCAGCCCGAAGUUGUACGUCUCUACCUCUCCCUCCUCACGGAGAGCAGGAAUUUCAACACACUGGAGGCUGCAGCUGGUGCCUUGCAAAACCUCAGCGCUGGCAACUGGAUGGUGAGGAACCAGUGGGCUACGUACAUCCGUGCCUCGGUGCGCAAGGAGCGUGGGCUACCAGUGCUUGUGGAGCUGCUGCAGUCUGAGACAGACAAGGUGGUGCGUGCAGUUGCCAUCGCACUGCGCAAUCUCUCGUUGGACCUGCGCAACAAAGACCUCAUUGGGAGCUAUGCCAUGGCAGAGCUGGUACGAAAUCUGCGCAAUGCACAGGCACCUGCUCACCUAGGAGCUCGCCUGGAGGAAGACACAGUGGUGGCUAUACUCAACACCAUCCAUGAAAUUGUGUCUGACAGCCUGGACAAUGCUCGCUCCCUUCUACAGGCCCAAGGUGUACCCACACUGGUAGCACUUGUGGCUUCCAGCCUUUCAGUCCGUGAGGCCAAAGCAGCCUCGCAUGUGCUGCAGGCUGUCUGGAGCUACAAGGAACUGCGUGGAGCCCUGCAGAGGGAUGGCUGGACCAAAGCGCGCUUCCAGUCUGCUUCCAUGGCCAAGGGACCCAAGGGAGCACUGAGUCCCGGGUGCUUUGAUGACAGUACACUGCCACUGGUGGACAAGAACCUUGAUGGCGAGAAGUCAGCCAGCCGGGAUGUGGUCCCCAUGGAUGCGCUUGGCCCAGAUGGGUAUACCACCUUGGAGCGGAGGGAGCGCAGGGCACUGGGCAGCGACUCCAUCGGUGAGGCCUCUGAGACGGAGCUGUUGAAACCCGACCCUGGCAGGAAGGCCACUCCAACUGGGCCCAGCAGGCCUUCGGUCAGGCUGGUGGAUGCUGUGGGGGAUGCUAAGCCUCAGCCCGUUGACUCCUGGGUCUAGCUUGCAUGUCUGUGCCUGGGCCCAGCUGUUUGUUCCUAGGGACAACAUCGCACGCAAAGGCAUGAAGAAGGCGGUCCUGAGCAGACCCUAUCUUGGAGCUGAGAGGCCCGCCCCUUGGUGGCAGGGGUUGGUUGAGUCUUGUCCUGAGCCAGACCUUACUUUUUGGACACCUCUCCUGCCUGUUCUUCCUUCCUCCACUCUCCUAACUUGCCAAGCGUGAGUUAACUGCUUACUGACAUGGUGCUGUGUGUGUGAGAGAAGGCUGGAGUGGUACCCAGGGAGGUGGCAGGAAGGUCCCAGUGCACAGUGCUGCUGAGGAGCAGUACAGGCCUGGGGUAGACAUCUUGGCAACAGGCAGCUGAGCAAAGUAGGGGACUUGGGAAAUAACUUGGGUUCCAGAGGGUGGCUAGAGCUACGCCCUGCAUGAAGGCAGACUAUAGUGUGGGCUACUUCAAAAGAGCUGGCCUAGGCAGGGAGGCAACCCCGG